UCGUAAAGGGAGGCGAAGAAAUUGCGGGCUGUAGCGAGUUUUGCGGUCAGCGAGUCCCUUUGAAGCGGCUUGGCGGCUUUGGGACGAGGCGAUUGUCAUGACGACCCAGGGGGGGCUGGUGGCCAACAGAGGCCGGCGCUUCAAGUGGGCCAUCGAGCUAAGCGGGCCUGGAGGAAGCAGCAGGGGCCGAAGUGACCGGGGCAGUGGCCAGGGAGACUCCCUGUACCCAGUUGGUUACUUGGACAAGCAAGUGCCCGACACCAGCGUGCAAGAGACAGACCGGAUCCUGGUAGAGAAGCGCUGCUGGGAUAUCGCCCUGGGUCCCCUCAAACAGAUUCCCAUGAACCUCUUCAUCAUGUACAUGGCUGGCAACACUAUCUCAAUCUUUCCGACUAUGAUGGUGUGUAUGAUGGCCUGGCGACCGAUUCAGGCACUUAUGGCCAUUUCCGCGACUUUCAAGAUGCUGGAAAGUUCAAGCCAGAAGUUUCUUCAGGGUUUGGUUUAUCUUAUUGGGAACCUCAUGGGCUUGGCAUUGGCUGUUUACAAGUGCCAGUCCAUGGGACUGUUGCCUACGCAUGCGUCAGAUUGGCUAGCCUUCAUUGAGCCCCCUGAGAGAAUGGAGUUCAGUGGUGGAGGACUCCUUUUGUGAACCCGAGAAUGAAGCACUUGGCACCUUAAAGAUUGGGAUCUCAUUUUACAUACAUUUUUGUUUCUCCUUUUACUUACCUUAAAAAUUACCACAUGCUGAAAAGUAAAAGGACAAUUUCCAUACAAACGCACAGAAACUAUACCAUAACACUUGACUGAAAAUAAUGUAGAAAACUUUAUUUAUGUUUCCAGUACAGAGCAAAACAACAAAUAAAACUAUAACUCUGUAAAGAAAAGAACAGUUGCUGCUAAAUCAAUCACAGCAGCAUUUCCUCUCAAUAAAUUAAAUGUCCGAACAAAAAAAGUUGCACGUUUCCCAUAAAUCUAUU